CCCUACAUGUGACUUCCGAACGCAUUAGGGAACGUCUUCCCUAUAGUGAGUUGACGCGCGUCGCUAGCUUGGAAAUAUCAACAAUCUGCCGACUCAUCUUUACUUCGCAGAGAUGUGGCUCCCGCAGGAGCUGUUACUGCUGUUCUUGCUGCCAGUCGACACUUCAGAGUCACUCGUCUUGCUGUCUGUUCCGGAGGAGGUUACGCUCCAAGAAGGCACUAGUGGCAACCUGACUAUUGCUUCCAGUGCGGCGCUACCGCAGCCACUGGUCGUCCGUCUGAAUGUCACCUACAGCUCCAAGAGCAACUCGUCAGCCAUCGUUGGGCUGCCGGAGCGGGUGACGCUGCCUGUCGGUGCCACCUCGGUCAAGUUCACGGCAACGGCCCACGCAGCUGGACAAGUGACAGCGUACCUGCUGAGCAACAGCACAGACGGCUUCGGCUCGGGACCCCGUCUGCACUUCCUGGUGGUCCGCAGCAACGCCUUGGCGCUGCUCAGCGAGGCCGUGGGCUGGCUCUACUUUCUGGCGUGGUCCGUGUCCUUCUACCCACAAGCCUGGGAGAACUGGAGGCGCAAAAGCGUGGUGGGCCUCAACUUCGACUUCUUGGCACUCAACCUGACGGGCUUCUUUGCCUACAGCGUCUUCAACAUUGGCCUCUUCUGGGCGGGGCCUAUUAAGGAGGAGUACCUGCAGACAAACCCAAACGGCAUCAACCCCGUCAAGGCCAAUGAUGUGUUCUUCAGCCUGCACGCCUUCCUGCUCUGUCUGCUCUUUGUUGGGCAGGCUGCCAUCUACGAGAGCGGGGCCCAGAGGGUGUCAUGGACGGCCCGCCUCCUACUGCUGAUGGGCUGGUCCUUUGCCGGCGCCACCUUCUUCCUGACUCUCUUUGGACGCCUCAGCUGGUUGGACUACCUCUACUUCUUCUCCUACAUCAAGCUGGCCGUCACGCUGGUCAAGUAUGUGCCGCAGGCCUUCAUGAACUACCGGCGGCAGAGCACGGAGGGCUGGAGCAUCGGUACCGUGCUGCUGGACUUCAGCGGCGGCCUGCUCAGCAUCUCACAGAUGACCUUAGAUUCCUACAACAACGACGAGUGGCGCCUGAUCUUCGGAGACCCCACUAAGUUCGGCCUGGGCUUCUUCUCGGUAGUCUUUGACGUGGUCUUUGUCUUUCAGCAUUACUGCUUGUACCGCUUGCGGUACCAGGAGCUUGGCCGCAGCCAGACGGAGUGAAGCGCCGCCUGCCUGAACUGCAGGGCAGUUGCGCUCAAACUUGAAAUUGCAAGUCUUAACUGUGAUUUUUUUUUGUUUUGAUUUUUGAUUUUUCAGUGUUUGGGCAAGGACAUUCUUAAAAUAAAGUCAUCAAUGAUGA